AGCAAGAGGAUUAAAGGUGUAUAAAACUGCAUACAACAUCAUACUUUUUGAGGUGUGGGCUCAUUACAGAAAGGAUGUGAUCUCAUAGAAGAGGAAGAGAAGAUGUAAGAGGCUAGCGUCUUUCCUGUUCUAGUGGGUUGAAUAAGCACCAGACUAUGGAAGUUCUCAACCUGAUCCUUGGCUGUGGAUCCCAAAAAAACAGCAUGUCCUUUAGCAGGUGGAAGCAGUGUCUGCUAAUACUCAUGAUCUCUUCUCAAGUUCACUCAGCAAGAAAUGUGGUGGGUGCUAUUGGUGAAUCUAUAAAUCUCAAGAACCCUGAAUUGUCUCAUGAGCCCUAUUCAGAAGUCUCUUGGUUUUACAAUGAGACCCAGAAGAUCUUGACAUGGACCAAAGGGAAAAAAAAUAAAGUAUUCGAAACCAAUUUGAAAACACGGAUCCAUCUUGGAGCUGAUAAUAUCACUUUACAUAUCCAACAGCUUCAGAAGGAGGACAGUAGUACCUAUAAACUCCAGACUUCCUUGCUGAAGACAGGAAAGGACUUCUCAGAGCACAUCAGGCUGGAUGUGUAUGAGCGAUUGACAGAGCCAAAAAUUACAUUGGGUCCUAGGAUCAAUGAUAAUGGUGCCUGUCUUGUCAAUGUGACAUGUUCUGUGGAACAAGUAAGAGAGAAUGUAACAUACAACUGGACUCCUGUGGGACAAGGGGCUAAUGCAUCCAGUGGAGGACCCAUCCUCAACAUCAUUUGGAAACCUGGUGACCAUGACCAGUACACCUGUACUGCCAUGAACCCUGUCAGCAACAGCUCCCAUACUGUUCUUGCCAGUGAGCUCUGUGCAGGCAAGACCUCGAGAGUGUCCCAGGAGUUGCUAGUAGUCAUUCUGCCCUCCGUUUUCAGCCUCCUGUUCGCUCUGAAGUGGACUCAAUAAUGUGACUGCUUUGUUGGACUUCCAAGACAACAUUCUACCUUCACAUACCUGCACUGACCAGCAUUAAUUCCUACCCAGAGAAGUAGCAGGAGCAAUGACGGGCAGGGAUGAAGAAGAGUGAAAAGAGAGAUUAGCCCUGCUCCUCAUGUCUACCUAUCAUUCUCCUCAUUAGAUGGACAUGGCAACCCCCUUCUUUUCUCCCAACUUCCCCACACUCAAGAUUUCAGGAGAUUAAGCAUUUAUAUCAUACCUACUAUGUGCCAGGCACUGUGCUAAACAUUUUAUAGAUAUUAUCUCAUUUGACCUUCACAAUAAUCAUGUGAGAUAGGUGCUCUUAUUAUCCACAUUUUACAGUUAGAGAAACUGAGAAGUUAAGUGAUUUCUCAAAAUCACACAGUAGAGACCUGUAUUAGUUGCAUAUGGAGGUCUGUGGAUCCAUUUAUGCAUUUUUUGCACCUUCUGUUGCAUGGAAUGAAGACUAUUAUGUAUGCAACAUGAAUAGUAAGCUUGAGUGCUAAUAUUAGACCCAAAGACCCAUUUAUGCACACUUGCAGAAACCUAGGAACAAGUUAUAUUAUCAGAUUUCCCAGAGAGAAAUUUGGUUGGGUCUAACAUGAAGCAAAGAGUGAUUGCUUCAGUAUGUUUCAAAGAUUGGAUCUAAUCCAGAGCUUGGGAUGCUAGACUCAUAGGUAAGGAUAAAUAUAAAGUGCAGUACUUAGAUUUCUAAAAAUAACCAAUAGAAGAACUGGAAGGACAAAACAUAACUAAAUAGCAGGAAGUGUAAGAAAACAUUUGAAUAUAAGCUCAGCCUUCAGAGCAAAGGAAGAAAUAGCUCUGUUGCUGUACCAUUGGGUACAUAUAUGUUUAUAUUGAAAU